ACGUUUGGCAAGGUUGUUACAUCACGGUCAUGAUAAGAGCGCGUUAUCUUGACCGUCAGCGUGCGUAGACUGCGUUCAGUGUUUAUUUAUUAUUUCACUGAACAAGGAGUGGGUGUGUACAAAAUUAAUGGGCGAACCGAAUCGGUACGAACGCCAACAACGACAGUGACAUGUGAGAAUCGCUACACAACCUUAACUUUCCUGGUUAACCUCAGCCUCAAAAGACGCUAGUCUACAGGUCAAGUUACUUUUACACAAUCUGAAGUUCCGCAUGCUACAUUAUGCAGAACUUUACCAGAGCAGUAAGGACCUUUGCUGUUAACCAUUCAACUGGAAUAGCAGUGGUUACACUCACAGGGCUGGGACUGUUUACUUUGCGCAGAUGGAUGGCAGGAGGGGUGUGCCGCAGCCCAGCCAGGCUGGAUGGGAAGACUGUCCUCAUCACAGGGGCCAACACAGGGAUUGGAAAAGAGACUGCAGUUGACCUCGCAAGCAGAGGGGCCCGUGUCAUCUUGGCAUGUAGGGACUUGGCCAAAGCCACGUUUGCUGCAGAAGAUAUCAAGGAGAGAAGUGGUAAUGGCGAUGUAGUGGUGAAAAAGUUAGAUCUUGCAUCAUUGCAGUCAGUUCGAGAUUUGGCCAAGGAUGUGCUUAAGACCGAAGACAGACUGGAUAUCCUCAUCAACAAUGCAGGUGUCAUGAGCUGUCCAAAAUGGCAGACACAGGACGGCUUUGAGAUGCAGUUUGGGGUCAACCACCUGGGCCACUUCCUUUUAACCAACUGCCUGUUAGACCUGCUGAAGAAAUCCACACCGAGUCGCAUCGUUAACGUCUCCAGUCUGGCGCAUGAAAGAGCUGAAAUGUACUUUGAUGACAUUAAUUUGGACAAAGACUACACUCCCCAGAAGGCAUACAAGCAAAGUAAACUGGCCAAUGUGUUGUUCUCUAGAGAGCUAUCCAAGAGACUACAAGGCACUGGGGUGACUGUGUACAGUCUGCAUCCGGGGAUCAUCCACACUGAGCUGGGCCGGCACUUCUGGCCCAAGCUGGCCCUGUGGAAGAGGAUCCUGUACCAGCCCUUUUUGCUACUCAUCAAGACUCCCAAAGAGGGAGCGCAGACUACCAUCUACUGUGCUGUGGAGGAAAGUCUGGCCAACGAGAGUGGGCUCUACUACAGUGACUGUGAGCGAAAACCUGUAGCACCCCAAGGACAGGAUGACGAGGCUGCCAGGCAACUCUGGGACAUGAGUGCCUCCAUGGUUGGACUUUCCUAAUGCGUGGAGCACGGCGACCCUUGGGGGUUGGUUUUUAACCUUUUUCACCCAGUCUGGUCUUUACAAUCAGUCUCUAGGUUGACUCACCCUUGGUCAAAAGUAUGGUGGACAAAAGUAUCCAGUAAUCAUCUUAAUUUGUGACAUAGCCAAGAAUAGAGUAGUAAUGUUACAGACAUUUAUUCAAAAUAUACAGGCUACUACAUACAAAAAUACUAUGUAUCAUAUGGUGUAAACAUGAGUCAAACAACCAGUUGAAUGUCUCACAGUUGAGUCGUGUGGAAGCCGUGUGAUAAUUUCACAUUUUCUCUGGGAUAUCAGUGUGUGAUUUACUAUCCUUCUAAGAUCAUGUCAGGUAGUUUCUAAGCAUAUUAAGUAUUCAAAUCACAAAUCACAUUACUUCUUUUUUUUUGGAAAGAACAAGCACAUCAUUUCUUGUUAAUUUUAUAACUUUCUUAUGCACUAGGAUAUACAGAACACAAUGUUGUUAGCUAUCUCCAUAUUUAGAUUUAGAAUGACCGUCAGUUAAUAAAUGCCAAAAACCCAAAGACUAUUUCAUCCUCUUUGAAAUAUGAACCAAUCAGGUAUUUUGAAUAUUUGUUAAUGUGAGACAUUAAAGUCCUAUAAUUUUUUUUUUUUUUUUAAUUAAGGCAUGCCUUUCAUAUUGAUGCUGUCUGUAUUUAAGAUCAAAUGGCUUCGCUGAACUUUGUCAGCAGAAUAUCUGCAUCCUGCUCAGUAUGACAAAUUCUUAGGCUGUGCGUUUAAAGACCAAUAUCAAAAUACAUUUGUGUUUUGGACUCUUACAGUAUGUACCAUGUAAGACAAAAGAUAUUUAUUCAAACUGUUUGAACAAGUUAGCCAGCUAACCUUCAAACCAUGUGCUUGAUAUGUUGAUGUAGAGUCAACAGCUAAAGCCGACAAUUCUGUUGGCAAAUUUAACACAAAUAUGCAGUAUGUGUUUAGGGACUUCUCUUCAUGAUACACAAGCUGUAUGCUUUUAAUUGCAAACUACAGUGAACCAUUUUAAACCUGUUAAAAACAAUAACAAAGACCUGAAGGCACUAAUUUACUAAUUUGCUACAAACAUUCAACCUUUUACUCAACACAAGAGCUCCAUCAAGGACGAGAAAAGGUGACAUAUCAGAUUCAAAACCCUGUAUGACCAGGCAAAACCUUAUUGGUGGUUUCUUAUUCAGGCUUCAUGAUUGCAAUAGCAUAGUGACUAUAACUAGCGAGUAGUUCAACACUAUCAGAUUUUUUUUUUGUCAGAGGUCAUUUAAUUUUGUUAGGAUUUGUACUUUCCUAUGUCAAUAUGCACAUUAAAAAAGACAAUGGUGACAUAUCCUGGCAAGAUCUUAUAACACUGGACAGCUAAUUAUUUUCACAUACUUAAUGACAACUUCAUUUGCUUCUUGGUCUCACCAGAAAAUCAUCUUGUAUAUAUCUAAUGUAUUAAUAAAUGGUGUUACAUAUUUGA